AGGAGGGCGUGAGAAGGAGCGACACGCAUAAAUUGCAAGCGUCAACGUUGCAGAAGCCUCAUUCUGCAGGUCUGACCAUGGCGUUCAAAGGGAUGUGUGCGCUGCUGGGUGUGCUUCUGCUGGUGAGCUGCUCUUUUCAGCAGACUUUGCCAAAGAAGAGGACACUAAAAAAAGAAACAACAAAAGAUGCUGCAGUGGAGAAUCUACAGAAAGAGAUUGACGACAUCAAGCAGGAGCUGAACAUCCUGAAGGAACAUCAGGCCCUGCAGACAGUCUGUCUGAAAGGCAUUAAGAUCAAUGGGAAGUGUUACUUGGCCGAGCCCCUCAGGAAGCGCUACCACACGGCCAGCGAGGACUGCAUGGCCCUGGGCGGCGUCCUCGCCACGCCCGCGUCCAGUGAUGAGAACGACCAGCUGAGAGACUACCUUCGCCAGAGCAUCGGCCCAGACGGGCAGGUCUGGCUGGGCCCCAACGACAUGGUCGCCGAGGGCGUCUGGAAGGACCACACCGGCCUCGGCAUCAGCUUCACAAACUGGGACACGUCCAACUUCCGGUCCCCUCAGCCCGACGGGGCCCAGUCCCAGAACUGUGCCGCGCUGUCCGGCGCCGCACGUGGGAAGUGGUUCGACGAGAACUGUAGUGAGGAGAAGCCUUCCGUCUGCCAGUUCAACAUCGUUUGAUGGCGUCGCUCAGCAUGGCUUCAGCUGCUUCGCGUGUGUACUCCUGCUGCAGUGCCUCAUGCAUACACUAAAACACGCUUCCGAGCCAGUGGUUCUCAGCCCCUUGUCUGCUGGGACCAACGCUGAGACCGUGACACAAAGUUAUUCUGACAAAAGUGAUGCGCGACAUGUCAUUUGCAACAUUCCUUGUGGUUACAAUAAAACCACGAACAACAAAGUUCGGCUGAGGGAAAGGAGAGACUCUGGGACUUCGUUUGAAUCCAUCAUCAGAUUUUCCUAACUCAAAAAAACAGCGUUGCGCCAGUGAAAACAUAAGGUGCAACUUUCCUCCCAGUGGCUCACUGGUCCAGAACCACUGGCAUAAACUCAGACAUCUCUCCACUUAAAGUUACAUACAGUCAGAUUAACAGUUAUAACACCGCAGCUCAUCCUCCAUUUGCAGAGAUGGAGUCACUUUGCUAGUCUAUAUAACCUGCACAUUACUAUUAAUAAACAAUAAAAUCUCAUUGACUGUCAUCACUUUGUCUGUUUGUAAAAUAUGUACAUAAAUAAGUAGGAUGUGCAACUGAUGGUCAGGGAUUAAUCACCGAUAAUAUCUGUCUCUAGAAUAAAAACUUGCUAAACCUAAAUACAGAGGUAGUUUAUCCUACUGCUUCUGCGACGUCUGCAGACUCAAGUCCUCCACCCCCAUCCACUCCCUGUUUGUCGUGGCUGCAGUCCUGGUGGAGGAGUCGUCCCCGUCCAGACUUUCCCAGUUUCGCCAUAAUAGGAUGGAAAAUUACAUGUCACUGCUUCCCUGCGUUAUGACAGGCUUCACACCCGGAGGUAAACAGGCAAAGUGCUUUUAAAAAAUUUAUUUAACGAAACGGUAUUUACAGGCAAAUAAAAACAAUUUAGUAAAAAAAAAAAACAACUACAAAA